CUUAAAACAGCCGAUGCUUUCACCCCUCUCUGCAUUGUCACAGCCUGUAUCACCACUCUUAAAAGGCUAUCGCAGGCACUCCCGGCACCAACUGCUGACCAGCCUGCCCCCUUGCCUCCCUGCCUGCUGCCGGCUGCCUUGAAUGCCUGGUUCCUCCAGCUCCUUGCGGGUCUAAACAGAGCAGGGACCAUGUCUACCUUCGGCUACAGGAGAGGACUUAGCAAAUACGAAUCCAUCGAUGAGGACGAACUCCUCGCUUCGCUGUCAGCUGAGGAGCUGAAGGAGCUCGAGAGGGAGUUGGAAGACAUUGAACCUGACCGCAGCCUUCCCGUGGGGAUGAGGCAAAAGAGUCUGACAGAGAAAACCCCCACGGGGACGUUCAGCCGAGAGGCACUGAUGGCCUAUUGGGAAAAGGAGUCCCAAAAACUCUUGGAGAAGGAGAGGCUGGGGGAGUGUGGAAAGGUUGCGGAAGACGACAAAGAGGAAAGCGAGGAGGAGCUCAUCUUUACAGAAAGUAACAGUGAGGUUUCUGAAGAGGUGUAUACAGAAGAGGAGGAAGAAGAGGAGGAGGACGACGAGGACGAGGAUAGCGAAGAAGAGGAAAGAACAGUUGAAAACGAGAAAGGGAUUAACGGAGCUGUACAUUACCGUAGUGUCAAUUCUGACAACGCAAGGCCAAAGACAUUUACCAGUCAGAUCGAAAACAUACAACUGACGAAUGGCCACACACCGAGGAACACAGAGUCCCCGGCUGCUGCCACGCACCCCUGCGGAAACCCUACAGUGAUCGAGGAUGUCCUGGAAAAGAUUAAGAACAACGACCCCGACACCACGGAGGUCAACCUGAAUAACAUCGAGAACAUCACGUCGCAGACCCUCGCCCGCUUCGCUCAGGCCCUCAAGGACAACACGGUGGUGAAGACCUUCAGUCUGGCCAACACGCGCGCCGACGACAGUGCGGCCACAGCCAUCGCGGAAAUGCUCCGAGUCAACCAGCACAUCACCAAUGUCAACAUCGAGUCCAACUUCAUCACGGGCAAGGGCAUCCUGGCCAUCAUGCGGGCCCUGCAGCACAACACCGUGCUCACGGAGCUUCGCUUCCACAACCAGAGGCACAUCAUGGGCAGCCAGGUGGAGAUGGAGCUCGUCAAGCUGCUGAGGGAGAACACCACCCUGCUGAGGCUGGGCUACCACUUCGAGCUCCCAGGACCAAGAAUGAGCAUGACGAGCCUCCUGACGAGAAACAUGGAUAAGCAGCGGCAGAAGCGGAUGCAGGAGCAAAAACAGCAGGAGGGAAGCGAGGGAGGAGCCACCCUUAGGACCAAAGUCUGGCAGAGAGGAACGCCUGGCUCUUCACCUUACGCAUCUCCCAGGCACUCUCCCUGGUCAUCCCCCAAAGUCCCCAAGAAAGUCCAAACGGGGAGGAGCCGGCCCAUGUCCCCUGUGGCCCCGCCCCCGCCCCCGCCGCCUCCGCCCCCGCCCCCGCCGCCCCCUCUUCCUCCGCAGAGGCUGCCGCCCCCUCCUCCGCCUCCACCCCCUCCUCCCCCAGAGAAGAAGCUCAUCACAAGGAACAUUGCCGAAGUCAUCAAACAGCAGGAGAGCGCCCAGCGGGCACUGCAGAAUGGACAGAAAAAGAAAAAAGGGAAAAAGGCUAAAAAACAGCCAAACAAUAUCCUAAAGGAAAUUAAAAAUUCCCUGAGGUCCGUGCAAGAGAAGAAAACCGAAGACAGUUCCCGACCUUCCACCCCGCAGAGAUCGGCUCAUGAGAAUCUCAUGGAAGCUAUUCGGGGAAGCAGCAUACGACAGCUAAGGCGGGUGGAAGUUCCAGAAGCUCUGCGAUAAAAACAUGAUCUUUAGAAGAGGAUGCAGAAAUAUUCAGUGGUAUUAGAUGAAAUGCAUUGUGAGAUGUUUCUAAAAUACUUUCUUCAAUUUGAAAUGUUCUCUGACUCUAAAAAUAGCCUCGCCCAUUAAUUCCAAAGAGAAUUUUAAGAAACAGUCAGCAUGUUUCUUCUGUAAAUAUGAAAAUAAACUUCUUUUUUAUGUCAUGAGAUUUGUACUGACAAGAAGCAGUUUAUUUAAAGAUGCUCUGGACGGUUGGUAACUCUGAGCUACAACGAAUUAACGAAAUAUGCUGUUAUUUUUGUAAUCCCAAUAAAUUUGGAUUGAAUUUU